AUGAUAAUUUUGAAAUGUGUUAUUUACUUCAAAACCUCGGGUUCUGUUUUGCAGACACUUCAUCUGGCAGUUGCUGAAUUCCUACGUCCUUUAUCUCUCUUGUAUCAUGCACUUACGCUUGUGCCUCCACCAGAAGCUCUUAAGGAUCCUUCUGUUCAAGAGUUCGAGCCUCUGUGUCGCUAUCUUGGUUUUAUGCCAACGCUCGUUGACUUUUUAAGUGGAUCUUGUGUGGAAAAGUUAUUUGUAUUAUGGUCGUCAGCAUUGGGAAACAUCUCGAAAGGGGACCUCAUUAAGCAACCAGUUUUAAAAAAUGUUUUCGUCAAGUUACCAGAAGAUUUUUCCGAAUUAAUUAAUUCUGUAGCCAAUUUCAGAUGUCCUUCAGUUUCAAUUAACGAUCGUUCAGCAUCAUCACCAAGUUUAUGUCUUAUUUGUGGUUUGCUACUCUGUUCUCAGAGUUACUGCUGUCAGCGCACGAUUAAUGGCGUAACGAUUGGUGCAUGUUCUCGCCACGUAACAAGUUGUACUGGGCCUUCUGGCGGAAUAUUUCUGCGCAUUCGUGAUAGCCAAGUCGUACUGUUAACUUCACGUGAACGUGGUUGCUUGUAUUCCGCUCCAUAUGUAGAUCGAUAUGGUGAAACUGAUCCAGGAUUCCGGCGUGGAAAUCCUUUAUAUCUCAAUCAUGAGCUUUUCGCGAAAUUAGAAAAUCUUUGGAUUACUCAGUCAGUUGCGGAAGAAGUGAUCAACCAAUAUGAAUUGGACCAUCGUAAUUUAGGAUUCGAAUGGGCUCAUUUCUAG